AUGGGGCCUCAAAAUCAAAUUCCAUCACCAUCGUUUUUCAUAAUUAGUCGUGUAUCAUCUGAAAAUGAAACAUUUCACGGUGUGUCGCCAUUUCUAGUUGAAAAGGCUAUAUCUGGGCAUAUCGGUGAAGCUAAAGCAAUAAGGAAAAUUCGCUCUGGCGAUUUACUUGUUGAAGUAGCCAAUAAGAAACCAGCUCAAAAAAUUUUGAAAAUUAAAUCUCUGUCAACGAUACCUGUCACUGUUAGUGCACACAGAUCUCUGAACUCUUCUAAAGGAGUUAUUACUUGUGGAGAGUUGUAUAAUGAGGAGACUGACGAAAUUUUAAAAGAAUUACGAAACCAAGGCGUUACGGAAGUCCGGCGAAUAACAAUUAAAAGGAAUGGUAAUGUUAUGAAGACCAAACACCUUAUUCUGACAUUCCACUUUCCAAAGACACCCGAAUUUAUUAAGGCGGGUUACAUGCGAUUAGCUGUCAGACCAUACAUACCAAACCCACUUCGUUGCUUUCAGUGCCAGCGCAUAGGUCACUCCAAAGCUACUUGCCGAGGUACUGUUACCUGUGCCCGUUGUGCUGAGGCCGGGCAUUAG